CUAACAGUGGGAGGUGACAGAUUGAAAACUAUUCAGGAGUCUGGCUCUACACACCCUAUAGGCUUUCCAGCACAGACUGCCUGUGUGUUACAACCUACUCGCAGUAUUACUGGAGCUUCAACUCCCAGGGAUUAAAAGUGGCGCAGAUCUAGCGAAUGAACCAGCAAAGUGACGCUGCCUUGCACCGAUUACAGGUUUGCGCGGCUGCUUUCCGCUAGGCAGCGCCGCCAGGAUUUGUUGAUGGAGUUCUCUUGCUGUGAAACUGUGGAAAGUUACAAUUAGAAGAAGUUUUGCUUAAUAAUAGAAGGGGCUUUCUGGAGGGAGAAGCAAGUGACCAGCAGACAGACUACGGAGGCAUUUAUUUUCAACUUUGUGCAACGUGGAGCGUUGGAGUGCAGACAGGAGUCUGGAGUGCAGGCAAAGCCGCUGAUUCUUCUACUGCAGACGAUGCUGAGUGGUUACUCUGUGACACAGGUCACCAGCCAGCAUGACUGACAUCUGAAGUGAACUAUCACAUAUUGGAAACCUUUGAUAAGACCUACUGGGCUAAAAUGGCUUCUCUUUCAGAGUUUGUCAGUGAACCUAUCAGUAUGAUGUCACAGACUUCUGCAGCCAGUGAAUCCCAGUGCUACUACAAUGAAACCAUUGCCUUCUUUUACAACCGGAGUGGAAAAUACCUAGCUACAGAAUGGAAUGCAGUCAGCAAGCUGGUGAUGGGACUCGGAAUCACAGUGUGUAUAUUCAUCAUGUUAGCAAACUUGCUGGUAAUGGUGGCUAUUUAUGUCAACCGGCGGUUUCACUUUCCUAUUUAUUAUUUAAUGGCCAACUUGGCCGCUGCAGACUUUUUUGCAGGACUAGCUUAUUUUUACCUAAUGUUUAAUACAGGACCCAAUACCAGAAGAUUGACUGUAAGCACAUGGUUGUUGAGACAGGGACUCAUUGACACUAGCCUGACAGCGUCAGUAGCCAAUUUGUUAGCCAUUGCCAUAGAAAGGCACAUAACAGUAUUUCGAAUGCAAUUACACACCAGGAUGAGCAACAGAAGAGUGGUAGUAGUGAUUGUUGUUAUCUGGACUGUGGCCAUUGUCAUGGGAGCAAUACCAAGCGUUGGAUGGAACUGCAUCUGUGAUCUUGAGCAGUGCUCGAACAUGGCUCCUCUUUACAGUGACUCCUAUUUGAUAUUUUGGACAAUUUUCAAUCUGGUUACUUUUGUAGUGAUGGUAGUUCUCUACGCUCACAUUUUUGUAUAUGUGCGACAGAAGACUAUGAGAAUGUCUAGGCACAGUUCUGGUCCUAGGAGGAAUCGUGAUACCAUGAUGAGCCUUCUGAAAACCGUGGUCAUUGUUCUAGGUGCUUUUAUAGUUUGUUGGACUCCUGGCCUGGUGCUUUUGCUUCUUGACAUCUGCUGUCCUCAGUGCAAUAUACUUGCUUAUGAGAAGUUCUUUUUACUCCUGGCUGAAUUCAACUCUGCUAUGAACCCCAUUAUCUACUCCUAUCGCGAUAAGGAAAUGAGUGCCACUUUCAAACAGAUCCUUUGUUGUCAGCGAACAGAGAAUGUAAACGGACCCACGGAAGGUUCUGACCGCUCUGCUUCAUCUCUCAACCAUACUAUAUUGGCUGGUGUCCAUAGCAAUGACCAUUCUGUUGUUUGACAAGCGACAAUACAUUUCAGAAAUAAGAGCUUUUGGGCAGAGAGGAGACCCCUUGCUUCAUAGCGGAAAGCGGCUCGCAAACAUUUGGACACAAGCUGUGAUAAUAUCUAAAGAAAUACACAUAUAUUUGAACACUAACCAGAUAAUCCAACCAUUGCUGAAGGAACUUAUAGAAACAGUAGCAAUAUGAAAUAUGCUAGACUCUAAAAAAUCUGCAUAUGAUACCUGUGUCAAAUUUCCACAUUUUAACUGCCGUAGAGGCUUAGGUCUUUUUUUAAGAUAUAUUCCAUUUAACAAAACAUACAUUUUUAGUGCCAUCAUCAUGCAUGUGAUGGACAUUGGUUUGAAGUGACUUUAUAACACUUGUGUAGCUGCACUGCCUUAAAGUAAAAAAAGAAAAAUAAGAAAUUUGAUAUUUUUCUAAUAUAAGCAAAAGAAAUGUGUUAAUUUUUGUGUGUAGUCUUUCUCCGUUAUAUGAAGUUCUAUUAUAUAUAUAUAAAUAUAUUCUUUUUUUAACUUUUUCUAGAGCAGAGGCAUUUGUACAGUUUGAAGGAAACAAAAAGGCCUUUAAUAACCAAUAGAUAAUAAAACAAAGAGGAUGUUAAUUUGUCAAA